UUUUCUUUUCUGUGUCAUUUUCUUUCUCACUAUUUCGUGUCGCGUUUUGGCGGUUGUGAGCUUCAGCUUUCCUUUUUCUCUUUUCUUUUUUCUUUUUUCUUUUUGGUUUCGGUUUCGAACAUUCGCUCGAAGUUAUUUCUCUUUCCCUCUAUCUUCCACUUACUAUCCUCUAUCUAUCGAUUUGUUUUGAGCUCAUCAUUGGUUAGAUCGGAGAUUUUUAAGCUUGUUUUUUCUCGUCGCCGAUGAAUGAGGGAACAAUGGAAAUUGUGAUGCAUGCUUGGAAAUGAAAUGGAUAGCGGAGCACAUUCGAAUAAGAAGUUUGCCAAUAUGAAAUGCCAAAGGAUAAAAAUAGACGAACCUUUUGUUCCUUCAUUGGAAGAUGAUGCAACAGAAGUUCAGCAUUUACUUACAGAACCUAAAUCUGAUAAUGUUUCUGUCGAAGGUGUAUUAUGUUUUGAUAAGGAGAAUUCAUGGAAACACUUGGAGCUUGACGAUUUUGCAUAUGGAUUUGACUAUGGACUAAAAAGAAAUUAUGGUGCGCAAGGUCGUGGUAUUAUUCAAGGGCAAGAUGAUUUGGAACUUGGAGAUCUCGAUGGAUUGCUGGAUGAAGUUGAUGAAGUAGAUGAUAUUCAUGCAGCGAAUGACAUCUCUGGGGCUUGUGAAGAUUUUCUUUUGGAUGUUGAAUUGGCUGAGAAGAUUUCUGACCUAGACUGUGCUCCAUCUGGAAGAUCACAUUUGGGAAACUCAAGUUCAGAAAGUCAAUCUCCAGGAUUUAGUGGAAGUAGCAAUGGUGCUCUUGUGUUGUCGGAGUCGUCAACAGCAACUAAUUCAGAGUCUGAAUGCAAGAUUGGUUCACUUGAGAAGAAAGUGGUCAAAUGUGAGUUAAAUGACUCAUCUGGUGGCAAAUGGGAAUAUCAAAAAAUAGUUAGGGAUGGCACAUUUAUGACUUCACAUGAUUUGGAGAAUUUUGAUGAGUUGGAUGAUGCAAAGCCUUUAGAAAGUAGCAUAUCUUCCGAUGAGAAUGAAAAGAAAGCUGUCCAACCUGGAAAAAUGAGUCUCAGACAGAAGAGAUUGCGCAAGCCUACUAAGAGGUUUAUUGAAGAAUUUUCAGCUCCAAAAUCAAAACAUUUGAUGGAAGCAGAAAAAAAUUUGGCUACUGCUUCAAAGGAUAAACGCCUGAAGAUCAAAUCCGAAGAUUGUGGGGGAGCAUUGACAUAUGUACCGAAGGAGGAGUCUUUAAGUGAGACUAUUACUCAAGAAACACCGGAUGACGAUGAAAAACUUUCAGAUCUGAGAUCAAGGUGUAUAACUGAAAGGCAAAAAAUUUCUUCUUCUGCUUUAAAGGGGAAACUCUUGAAGAAGCUUAAUCAUGUGAGAGGAUUCAAAUCUUCUCCAAGAGAUGAGUCUUUUGCAGUAACUGAUACUCAAGUAGCAUUUGAAUCUCGGCCUCGAAGGGGACGGCCAAAGAAACCCCCUUCUGUUUCGGUUCUUGAAUCUGAUGAUGAUCAUACUGCAUCUGAGUCUGAAGAUGACUCCGCAAAGAGAAGAAGAUCUAAGAAGAGCGGCGAUCGAAGAAAGCAUCAAAGAAUGUGGACUCUUUCUGAGGUGUCAAAGUUGAUUGAUGGUAUUGCUCAGUAUGGAACUGGAAGAUGGACUGAUAUAAAGAAGCUUUUCUUUGCUUCAUCUGCAUAUCGCACACCUAUAGAUCUGAGGGAUAAAUGGAGAAAUCUUCUAAGAGCUAGCUCUGUACAGAAACAGAAACUGAAACAGAACAAGAAAGAGGUUGAACAAAAGCUGAAGCAAACCAUGCGGCCCUUGCCAAAGUCUGUGAUACGCCGAAUUUGUGAACUAGCCUCUCUUCAUCCGUAUCCUAGGUUUACUCCUGGUGGCAGAUACAUACGUAGAAAGAAUAAUUGACUUGGAGAUCCAUUUAUAAGUCGGCAUUAGAUCAUAGUAGCAAAUUUAGUUGUAAAAAGGAAGUUAUACAUUCAUUCGACCUUUUCUUUUGUUCUACCCCUUGCCCUUUUGCCAUGCGCAUACAUACACAGCUUAUUCUCAAAUCUCAAAAGAUGCUCGCAAGUGAAUGUUGCACAGGGAUAAUGGCCCCCAAAUUUCCAAUUGUAAUAGCUGAGGGUUAUGGCUAACUCAUAUGUUCAAACAAAAGUAGCUUUUAUCUUAACAAACUUUUUUGAGCUGUC